AUGUCUCUCGCACAAGACCAUGGGAUAGCUCUACAUGCCAGUCAACGACGGGCUAUCGCCCACAUCAAAGCCCAAGCCAUCUCUCUUCGGCUGGCUGCCGUCGACGUUCUCUCAGAGAUUUUCUCCAUGUCGAACAUACCCAUAUCAUCACUCGACCUUGUGCGCAGCGCCAUCAGACAACACGCCCGGGUAGCGUUGCACUUCCACCCCGAUCGCCCGGUCGGCAAUCGUGUCGUCGCUCAGGGCCUCCUUGAAGACGGGACUUAUCGAAGCCAGUUCGAAACAGGCAUAUCGAACGGAAGCGUCUCUGCUCAUGCAGGUGGAUUUCGAGACCUUUGGGAACGCUCUCUGUUCCAGGGUGCGUACCACGCCGACGAUGUCUCGCCUUGUCACAGGCCCAGGUACGGCGCUCUCAAUCUCAUGCGCAACCCGGAAGGUCCAGCUCCUCGCUUUGGAUCCUGCUAUUUGGUGCUCAAGCCCGAAGUCUCGGCGCGAUCGACAUUCACGUUUGGUGGGUCACAGGCAGACCCAAGGUACCGUGGUAUAGUGGAUGAGUUUGACGCUGUCCUGUCAGCGUUGUUCGAGGAAUGCUUCACGCGGGACUUUGCAUUGGGCGUCAGUGGCAUCCGACCACCGCAGCUGAUGGCACGCAUUCUAGAUCUUCACGAACCGCUCCCUGCGAACGUUUCGAAUGGCGUUCAGUGCCAUAAUCUUGACCACUUCAUCGAGGCCCAGGUCCACGGCGACGUCCACCUUGACCGAGACGUUGAAGCUCUGAUUGUCGACCCUUCGUUCCGAGGCAGUGAGAUCUGGCAAUAUAUCAAGGGCAUGGCUACAAAAUACCGGUUUCCCUUGCACUGUCAUCAUGGGUUUUCCAUGAGAGUGCAAGAUGUGCCCAUUGACUUUCGAGGCCCCUCUAUGCCCUCCCUGGCAGCGGCAAUCGCAAGAAACGGCCACCAGCUCGAUGCAGAGACGAUCGGCAGGGCAGUGAGAGAGCUGGCUAGACAUCCCGAAUCAUGGUCAAGCAGGGGCACGUAUGCCGAGGUCUUGCAAGAAAUGAAACUCAUCUGGCAUGUGUUAGUACGGUUUGGAUGGCCGUAUGGCUGA